AUGAUCACAGUUGUGGAGCCCAAGUUAACAAAUGCGGAGCUAGAUCACUUUCUAGCUUCUCAAGAUCCUUUGAACAUAGCAUUGGUGUAUAGUGAGGACUUGGUGGAAGAUAAGAAAGUCAAGGAGUGUUUUCACAUACUUGACACUUCUUGUGCAUAUUUACGAGCCAAUCCGCCAUUCAAAGAGUUGGAAAGACCAGAAUCAUGGAAGAAGUUGAAACCAUCUAUUGAGGAGGCUCCGGUUCUUGAGCUGAAGCCACUACCAUCUUAUCUGCACUAUUCUUUCUUGGGCAGUGGUAACACAUUGCCUGUAAUCCUAUUUGCUAAUUUUCGGAUGUCCAGGCAUAAGCUAUUGUCAGAGGAGGAUAGCAAGACCAGCGUCGAAAGUCAGAGAAGGCUGAAUCUAAUCAUGAACGAGGUGCUAAAGAAAGAAGUGAUCAAGUGGCUUGAUAGCUGCUACAACCAGAUUACGAUUGCACCUGAAGAUCAAGAGAAGACCACUUUCAUAUGUCCAUAUGGCACUUUCGCAUUUCAGAGGAUGCCCUUUGGAUUAUGCAAUGCUCCAGUUAUAGAGAAGGAGUUAUGGCCGGUGGUUUACGCCUUUGACAAAUUCAUAUCUUAUUUGGUGGGGAUGAAGGUGAUAGUGUAUACUGAUCACACUAGUGUUCGUUAUUUAUUCACUAAGAAGGAUGUGAAGCCCGGACUUAUUCGUUGGUUGUUGCUCCUACAAGAGUUCGAUAUUGAGAUUCUUAAUCAAAAGGGCAUAGAGAACCAAGUAGCAGAUCACUUGUCGAGACUUGAAUAUCGAGAGCACGUUAAUAAAGAUGUGGUGAUUAAGUAG